CCACGCCGUCUCGCUCUCAGAUUUUUGUUGGGGCUGCUUUAUGUGAAGGCCACGGACACAAGAGCGUGUCACACACACUAAGAACAACACGAGAGAUGUCAUGUCUGAACUCUCCUUCCACGUUGUCUUCUUUACCUCACAGCAGUUGAAGGCCUGAAGGACACAAAUGUCCCUAAAAAGACGGAAGUUCUGUCAAACGGGAAGUGCAUCACUUUUCAGGAAGGCAGGAGUGACACCCAGAUAGCUUUCACAAGAAAAGUGCUGCUGACUCCGGAUGUUAUGAGAGGAGCGAGGUAAAAAUAGCUCUGACAUGUCUCUGGCUGUGACCGAGCCCCUCUCCGCUUGGCCCUGUCAAUCACACGCCAGAACAAGAUGGCAGGCUGCCGGAGCUGGGUCUUCUUUCUCACAGUUUGUGUGGCCAGUUUGUUUGAGGCCAAUGCAGAGAUCAAAGUCACUAUUCCCGUGGGCAAGUUCUUCACAUACGAGCUGCUGAGAGAGACUUUCCAGAGUGACUUUGAACCGUUGUCAAAACUCUACGCCGGGCGCUUUUAUGAUGACCCCAUGAAUUUUAAGUGCAAUCGUCAGAAUUUUCCGGACCUCCCGGAGUGGCUACGCUUCACCCAGAGGCACCCCUACGAUAAUGGCUUCCUGUACGGCACGCCAACGUCUCCAGGAAAAACUAUAAUUGAGAUCUACGCCAUCAACGGACGGAGCUAUGACACGGCCAAACGCAUAAUGGUGAUCAAAGCCACAGCGGAGAAGAUGCUGCCCUAUCAAGCAGAGUUCUUCAUCAAGCUGAGGGAGAUUGAGAAGGUGCUGCCCUCUUCUGUUCAGGGUGAGAUAAAGCAGGACUUACAGAAGCUGUGGGACACAGAGGCCUUGGAAAUUGUCAACAUCACCAACGCCCUCGACCGGGGCGGCAGAGUCCCGCUCCCUCUGGCGGGACACUUCGAAGGUGUGUACGUGAAGGUGGGGUCGGAGCGGUAUUUCUCCGGUUGCCUCAUGAGGGUGCAGACGGAAGAGUAUCGGAAGCAGUGCUCAGCGGGGGACAAGGUCAAGGUCAAGGUCCCGGGAGGCUGUAACUUCUGCAACAUUCCCAGCAACUGCAUCACCUGGUGCAACACGGAGCUGUUUGAUCUGACGAGGUGGAAGCCGGCGCCACCUGCUCCCGCGAUGGGUUCGGGGAUUCUGGAGGACGGCGGUGACUUCAGCCCUCCCGAGUCUCCCCCGAGCCGAGACUUCUUCCCGGACUACAUCGUCACGGUGAUCGUGCCCCUGAUCCUCGCCAUCAUCCUCUGCCUGCUGCUGGCCUACAUCAUGUUCGGCAGACGGCAGGGAGUAGCGAAAAGGAAUGCAAGAACAAAUCAAAUCCAGCUGUACCACCACCACACUAUUCACGGGAACGCCGAUGAGCUGAGGAACAUGGCCGCAGAGCGCGGCGUUCUUCCACCUCGGUCCACGCUGCCCAUGUUCAACUGCCGGACUGGAGGCGGAGCUCCGUCGCUGCAGUCGGACAGCAUCCCCCUCAUCCUGGCCCAGCAUGAUCCGUACAGUGACACGUUGCCCAGGAAAUGAGAACGAUGACGGAUGAAGAGUCAUCCAGAGAGAUUAUGUGUUUUUUUUCUUCUUCCUCGGGUGCUGUUAGAAUAAAAUAAGAGUGUAGUUUGUCAAAUGGUUAUUUGCCGUUUAUGAUUUUCCAUAUUCCCCCUUCUUUCUCUACGAAUACAAUUUUUUAAAAGCCACAGUCUUCAUUGUUAUUGUUGUUGUCAGCAAAGCCUACAAUGGGCCCCACAUCCAGCUCAUCUCUUGGUUUAAAGCAAGGCUAAUCAAUUACAAAUUUAAAAAAUGUUUACAAAUGUUGUGAAAAGCUAGAUCGUGUCACAUGAGAAAACAUGGAUGACCAUUAUAUUUAGUAUGAUAAACAAUUAUUUAGUGUGUCCCAAUAUAUAUGUCAAAUGGACUACUUUGAAAGCUGUUACCAGCUGCGUGAACGUCUCUGGUGGAGCUGCAUGUCGGGUCAAGACGCUUCAAGGGGUCACAACUGUUCUCUCUCAUUCACAUUACUUUAUCACUUACGAUCAAAGAAAGAUGGUUCAGAGAGCAGUGCAGCAGCAGUUUUCUGAUUCUUUUCACUCGGUGUUGAAUUUCCCUCAUAUGUGUCUGUUGUUGCACUAAACCUCCACAAGGGGUCGCCAGUGUUUCUACAUAAAGAGUCAUUCGUCUAUGGGUCGAUAUUUGCAGUGAGAGAUCAUGUUUUUUAAACUUCUUUAGAUGUCAUUGAAAUAAAAUAAGUGUUUGUCAAAUGGUUAUUUGGUGUUUAGGAUUUUCCAUAUUUCCCCAACUUAUAACAAAUAUUAAAAGCCACAUCUGUGGAUACACUUCAUUCUCAUAUAUUGUGAACAAAACAAUACAAGUGACAUGAAAAUUGCAUGUUUGAUGAAUGAUUGAUUUUUGCUGUUUGCUGCAUUUAAUGCAGCUUUAACUCGGAUUUCUAAAGGAACUUACUGGCAGAUUUAAUAAAAAAGUAACAAGUGUGUGUGUAUUGAUAAAGAAAAGCCAACUUGUAUUAUUGGAUAUUGGCUUUGUUUUCACUGCUGCUUAAUAUAAAUGUUCUCAGUGCAACUAUUGUGGAACAGUUGAUUUCUGAAGCUUAUUGUAACUCUAUUUCAAUGUAUGAUGCAUGGCCGUCUGCUCUCUUUCUCUCUCUCUAUCCUUCUUUCUCUCUCUCUAUCCUUCUUUCUCUCUCUCUCUCUAUCAACAUGUAUCUGAGGACUAACUCUCCUCACACCUGAUUUCCCAACAGUUGCUACAGAGGACAGUGAAAACUCAGCCACUGAGUAGACCACUUCACAUGCUUUAUUUUAGCACCCAAAAUAAUUAAAAACAUCUCAAUGUAUUUUACAUGUACAAAAUAAGUACAGAAUCACUGUUUUAAACCUUGAAAGUGGGUCUGCUUCAAAUUCUUUUUUAAGAAACCCUUCGCGAAAGACAUCAACAAACAACAUGAACAACAGGGUAUGGGAGAUGUGUGCUGUUUCUUUUUUUUCGUUUUAGUGACGAGGGGGCAAACAGACAGAAGGAUGAACACUGAACAAAUGUGCAGGGAAAUGAUAUUGAACCACAGUCACUUGCUUUUAUGUACAAAGACAUGAUGGCAUGCAUUACAUCUGUAGUGAUCACCUUUCCAGAACACUUAAGAAGAAAACAAUUGCCCUGCAUAGACAACGAGUCAAUUUAGUAGCACCAAAGGUUCUGCAGGCAUUAGUGGCAAUAAUUACAGGAACACCAAUAACUGGACCUCAUUGAAAUGUUUGAAUGUUUUGGAUUUCCCCACAAUAGACUUGUGUAAAAAAUUCCCUUUUCAUUUAAGAAAAAGAAAAAAGUCGUUAGUGCCUUCUCGCGACGAGGUAGCCGUCUACAUACUGCAACGAAGGCGAGCCUCUCUGUGACGGCUCUUUUUGCUGGUGUUUUGUCUGAGCAACGUUCAGGUGUUUUCUUUUUUUUCUUUCUUUUUCCUCAAGAAUUUAGAACAAGAAGACACUUUCACACUUUUUACAAUUUAUUUAACACCAGAAAAAUGGUACACAUCACUUGUUGUUUUCAAUGUCCUUCCGCAGUGGUCGAAAAAUGGCAAAAGUGACCUGUGUUUCAUUGUGUGUGAGGAUCUUUUUUUUCUUUUCUCAAUCUCCAGGGGGAAAUUUUACACAAGCAUAUAUAUUAUUUUCUUGUUGCCAGUGGAAACAAACGAUUCUUUUUAAAGUGUCCUUGUGGUUGGUUUUGGUUGAAGUAGCAGUCCCAAAAACUUGAUCGUAAAAACACAAACAUCGUCUUCCGUAGAGUGGUUUUAAGCUUGUGGACCAAUGGCAGCCGAAUGAGUUUUGAAUGCAUAGAAAAAAGAUUUAGAGAUGACUGCUAGAAAAGAAAAAAACAA